CAUAGCUACUGUAGUUUACGUGACUUUGCUUUUAUUUUGUUCUCAAUAAACAUUCAAUGUCGGCGCCUGAGCCGAGUUUCUGCCAUGCACGGUGGUGCAGUGGCCUGCAAUCGCAUGUAAAAGCAGCAUUGGGAGCAACUCACUGUAUUCUCGAGGAAGGCAAUCGAACCUCGAACUUUGCUAUUGUAGUUGACCGAGGCGCGUGGGGACAUCUAGGUUGUACUGAGCAGGAAGAGAAGAGUAGACAAUCUGCCGGAGAGCAUGAUAUCUACUGUCAAGUCGAUGUACACGUUUGUGCGGACAAGAAUGAAUGGGAACGCGUUGUCUACUUUCACUCAUACGGUGACCUCGGCAUGAUACAAGGCUUGGUUGCAAGUAACGUUGGAUUAGUACUGGGCGUAAACGGUCUCAAAUUUCCACAUCCACCUCAUCCGACUUUGAUACUUUGUCAGGAUUUUACUAUAAUUUCAAAAUUCUUUGGUUGGUCCAGCGAGCGUCGAAACUCGGGGUUUGAUAAUCGGCAACAAAUCUUUGAGUGGGUUUCCGAAAGUCGAUUCUUUGACCCCAAAUGCUUCCAGACGAGCGGAGAAGGCAUCAGAAAAGUCAAAGCUCAGCGGACGAUGUACUCUGAUUUCGUUGCAUGGGCUAAGCAGCGAUUAGCGGAAGGCGGUCUAACUUCGGUGGACAUGGCGGAGGUCAAGCGACGGCGUGAACGUGUGCGUGAGGAAGCACUGAUAGAGUUUGGUCGCCAGGACGAGGUGGAGGCUUAUGUUAAGGAAUUUGAAGGCAGGAAGAAACUCAAGAGCAGUUUCAAUGGCACAGUUGUCAAUGCUUGGACUCAUUCGAAGGGCAAUUGGAGGAAAGUAAAAACUAUCAUGACUAUCGUUCGAGAACAACAUGGAGGCGAAGGACUAUUGCAGAUCUUGAUGACAGAAGGAGAGGAAGGAUUGAAGGAACGAGUGAUGAAUGCUUUAGAUGAUUUCAAUAGAUCCGUGGCACAGUCGAGCGUUGAGGUAAAAUGAUUCAAUCUACUUGUCCAGUAUGAAAGCCGUUCCUACAAAUUAAACUUUCACCUUUUCAUCGCUUAAAAUCCCAGCGAUAGCACUCUCCCGAUCUCCAGAAUCAUUGGUGACUUCCUCUCCUUUACGCCAAGAUCUGCCAAAUAUCAUACAUAUGAUGACGAAGCACAUCCCGAUUGCAAUCAACCCAGAAAGAAGACCACAUGCUAGUAG